AAGUAUUUUGCAUCUAUUUGAACGGGCAAAUGCAAUUUUCGGCGAAGUAAUCUGUCAUACAAUUUUUCGUUGCCGACCGUUCUAAGUUGCCUAACAUGGACAAGAAUUACAAAUAACGUCAGACGCCUCGAAAAUCAGGGAUAACUAAGAAAAUUAAUAUUCAACAAUGGCAGUGACCAGAAGGGCGUCGCACGCUGGUAGCUGGUAUACGGAUUCUGGCACUGAGCUGAAUAAGCAAUUGGGCAGCUGGUUGAAUGCUGCAGAUUUGACCCAUGGACCAGCCAGAGCAAUUAUCGCCCCUCAUGCAGGCUAUUCCUACUGCGGAGCAUGCGCUGGAUUCGCUUAUCGGCAAAUCAGUCCUGUCGUUGUCCGCAGGAUAUUUAUUUUAGGGCCGUCCCACCAUGUGAGGUUGGCAGGAUGUGCUCUCUCCUCUGCAUCUGUUUAUCGAACACCUCUGUAUGAUCUACAUAUAGAUCAACAAGUUUACAGAGAACUAGAAGAAACUAAUCAAUUUGAAUGGAUGGAUAUGAACACCGACGAGGAUGAGCAUAGCAUCGAGAUGCAUUUACCUUACAUUGCCAAAGUUAUGGAGGACUUCAAGGGCUCCUUUACUAUAAUUCCAAUUUUAGUAGGAUCCUUAAACCCAGAUAGAGAAGCUGCUUACGGAAAUCUACUUGCCCCUUAUUUGGCUGAUCCACAAAGCUUAUUUAUUAUAUCAUCUGACUUCUGCCAUUGGGGUCAGCGUUUUCGUUAUACUUACUAUGAUCGUUCGUGUGGACCCAUACAUAGAUCCAUCCAAAAUCUCGAUAAAAUGGGUAUGGACAUAAUUGAAACAUUAAAUCCACCUGCUUUUACCGAUUAUCUUAAAAAAUAUGGAAAUACUAUAUGUGGAAGACAUCCAAUUGGAGUGCUUUUGCAGGCUAUCAGCAGUUUAAGAAGUAAUACUAAUGGCCAAAAGAUGAACCUUAAGUUCCUCAAAUAUGCUCAAAGCAGUCAAUGUAAUAAUAUGAGUGAUAGUUCUGUUAGUUAUGCCAGUGCUGCGUUGUUACUUGAGUGAUGUGAUACUAUCUGAGGUUUAUGCGAAUCGCAAGGUACUCAUAUGAAAUUGAAAAAUUAUUUACUAAUUAAUAGCAGUGUAUGUAGUAACAUUACAGCGAACACAGUGUAUACUGUGAUCAGACUUGAAUGUUAUAAUUAUCUAUCAUGCAGUUGACUGAAAUUCAGAAGGUAUUUGUUCUCAUUUUAAGCCAAGAAUAUAUAGUGGAGAUUGUGGAUUAAAAAACUAAUUCUUUUCAUAUAGCAACAACGUAAAUUAUUCAAAGGAGGUAAAUUCAACGAGGCUCACUGAGGUGUUUUGAGCUUGCAUUUGAAGUAUUUUCAACUUGACGUAUAUCAUAGAAAGGUUAAUUUUUUGGUCUUAAUUUUCUUUUUUACAUCCUAAAAUAAAAUAAAUGUGGACAUAGCUUACUUACUAGAUAAUUUAAUGGCUGAUUUCUAAUUUAUAGUUAAGGGCUAUGUACACACAUGUAACAAUAUGCAUACAUACGACCUUGCUGGACAAUUACUAUAUAAGAAUUUUCUAUUUUGGUAAUAUUAUCAUUACUCUAUAUGUAUUUAUUCCGGUAAUUUUGUUACAAAAAUGAAUUUUCUGCCAAUAUUGUGUAAAAUCUUAAUUUGGCUUACUACUUAGAUUGCUGACUCUCCUUUAAAUUCCUAGAAAAUUUCGUUCGUAUGCGUGUUUAAUUAAUAGUUACAUGCUUGACUUAUUUUCAGUUGUAGAGCAGGUUUCUAAUCAGUACGUUAUAAAUUAAUGAUAUAUUAUAUUUUGCAAGCUACUUACAUAUUUACCAGUCAGUACAGAUGUAAAAGACGUGCAAUACUAUGAUAUUUCUCACAAUCUGUGUUGGAUUCUAAUAAAUUGCUUGUCUUGUGUAUUACUCA